AGGGAGGGGGUUGGGGUGGGGGGUGAUUCUUGUGACCUGUGGGUAUGUCCAGUAAAAUGCCCAUUGCUCAUUGAGCUGUCAAAUUGUAUUAUAUGUUCUUACUCCCAAGGGGAAUCGUUCUUUAUCGGAGUAUGUUUACGUUAUACAGCCGUGAAAAUUCACGCCGUGCAUAAUUGCAGUGAUAGAUACUAGAUAGUGCAAUCAUAAAUAGCAGAUCUGUGUGCCUGGAUUACUUGUCUUCUUUCUGAAGGAUCAAAUCAGUUGUUGGUUAGUCGCAUCCCUGGGACAGCUCCUAUUAGCCUGAAAAUUGAUCUCCUUUUGGUUUCACGUGCGGGACGUGGUGUAAUUAAGGAUGAUUUUCUCAAUUUAGAAAUUAUUUACUGAAGUCCACUUGUAAAAUUUAUUAAUUCUUGUACACAUGGGGACGUAUUAGUUACUACUCAAGAUAUUUCCACGAAGCAGUUGGGCAAUUAAUUCAUUGUUCCCCGAUCUUAAUACAGUAGGUGCUAUUAUCUUUAGGUUAUUAUUCUUUUUGCGAUCACCUAGAUAUGUUAAAUGAUGAUCCUUUUCGUGUAUUUGGCCCCAUCGAAUAUGCCAAGUCCUUCAGCUAAUCCAUCAUUGUUGCGUUCCACAUCACUAUCCCCACCCAUUGUUGUUUUUCAAUAAUUUGAUGGUGAAAGGAACUCCACAACCACAGAAAAAGAUAAGACUUGUCAUGGAAGCUUAUGUUGGAGAUUAGGUCAGGGCGUCUUAGCCUCUGCAACUACUUCUUGGUUUAGUCAAAUCUGCCUUGUUGGCCUUCCAUGGCUACUUACCUGAAUAUUGAAUUAGCAAGGAUCAGUGUUAAUCUAGUAAGGGCGUGCCAAAGUUUACUGUGAGUUGUUCAACCGGAACAGAUAGCAUCCUGAUUGCCAUGGAAGCUGGGAGAAUGGAUCAGGUUUGCAUGGCUGCCAUCAAUAGCCAACCUUCAGUGUCUGACGAUAAGCCAAUGAAGAACAUUAGUGGGGAGAUGCCUGCAGCCGCUGGAAGUGGCUCCUUUGACUGCAACAUCUGCCUUGACUUCGCCGCAGAUCCAGUUGUUACCCUCUGUGGCCAUCUCUACUGCUGGCCUUGCAUCUACGAGUGGCUGCAACCAGCUGCGGAAUCAGCUUCCAGUAACAACCGAAGUUCCGCAAGGCAGCAGUGCCCUGUGUGCAAGGCCACACUAUCUGCUGACAGCCUUGUGCCACUAUAUGGCCGCGGUGGUAGCUCUAAGAAAUCACUGGAUGGUAUGGCCAUUCCACGCCGGCCAAUGGUGCACCGGGAAAAUGCUGAGCACCACCACACACAAAGCAACAUUGAUGACCGCCACCAUCAGAACAUGGAGCCCAGACCUCUGCUGCGGCCAUUGCGGCAUGCCCACCACCAUUCCGGUGCCACUGAAUUCGACUUCAUCCAUCCUCCUUCACCAUUGGGACGUGGUUUGAUCCACUCGACAGCUGGAGGGGUGCUUGGAGGCAUGGCCGAAGCAGUGCUUCCAUCGGCAUUCCGUGGCCAGCUCCCUCCGAGCAUGUACUACACAAGCCCUUACUAUAUCGCGGCUCAUAACAUGGGCCCCCGACUGAGAAGGCAGCAGAUGGAGGUGGAGAGGUCCCUGCACCACAUCUGGUUCUUCCUCUUCGUGUUUGUGGUGCUAUGCCUGCUCUUGUUCUGAAGCAAGAGGGGCAGUAUACACCUUAUGUAUAUAUUCAAAGGCAAUAUACUGCUUCUCGGUGGAAAAAAGAAGGCAAGAUACUAAUGACUGCUGCUUAUAGCGAAGAGGGUAAUGGUUAACGCUUUCAACGGCCUUUAUGGAUAAGCAUGUGCCUAAAUCAUGCUGAUAUAGAGAUGUAAUGUGACGAGAUUUGGAGCUGAAAUGCAGAUACCAUUCUUGUCUUGCCAGUAUCAGGAAUUCCUGUUUGGUUUGCCUGCAUCUGUCACUACCAUGUACUGCAAUUUUGUUUCAAUCUCAAUCUGCACUGGUUGGUGGCUUGGAGCGUUACUGGAGCAACUUUUCAAA